AACGGAAAGGUCGACAUAAACUUCGUGUUUGACUCUUCCAGUAUGGGGUACAAAGACAGCCAUGAUGUUAAUACCUUCAUCUCCAGUUCAAUCUCAGACGAGUAUCUUGCUAGCAAAAAGUUCAAGCUUGGACUGAUCACUGGAGAGUGUCGAGCAUUAAAAGGUUUCUACUUCAACACUUAUCAAACCAAAAGGGAUAUACUUGAACACCUCGACGACUUCCAAAAAACGACCAUCGCAUCUCUUCUAGAAAAAACCCUAAAGGUAUCUUUGAAAGCUGAAUAUGGCGCCCGCCAAGGAGCUCGUAAAGUGGCAGUUAUUUUCCUGAAAGGAAAACUGAGUAAUCCAGAAAGAAUGAUAACUAAUGCGAGGUUUCUCCGUCAAAGCGGCAUUGAAGUGUUUGUAAUUAAGAUGGAUGAAUUAAAUUCAGAUAAAACUUUGGCGACCAUUACUGAAGAAGGCAAUAUUCUGGACGCCACAUCGGUAGUGAAUAUGGUGCAAGUGAGCGGCGAAUUCUUAAACCAACUUUGCAAGCGAUAACCCCUGUCUCUCCCCCAAGAAAGACUAUGGAAUAACGGAAUGACCAACGAUCUUCUAAAAUCUCUCUCAGAAUAACGAAUGAACGACACGUGCCAUAUAUGAAUACACGCAUAUAUAUAUGUGUGUGUGUGUGUGUGUGUGUGUGUGUGUGUGUGUGAGUCUGCGUCUGUGUCUGUGUCCGUGUGUUAAUUUUGUGUUGUAAAUAUUCAAUGCUUUUAACAACAGAUGGAGACACUAAACUAAAAAGUUGUAUAAACCGUUAGAUGAAAUUUAAAAUUCUGAACCAAAAUAAAUUUUGUCGCAUAUGUACAUACAUACAUACAUACAUACAUGCAUACAUACAUACAUACAUACAUAUACAUACAUGAAAUGUAGCCUGAAGUAUUGUAACAGUUAAUUCGUUUCGUUUUGUUUUUUAAUAUUACAAAAAUAAAAUACAAAUUUCCUUUGCUUCAAAUA